UAAAUCGGUCACACAUCAUCAUCCGAGGACGGCGGCUUGGCAGCCAGCACGCGAUCCACCGCAAGCGCACAGCGGUCGCUUCUCCCAUGCCAGCCUACCAUGCCGGCGGCUCCAGCACCGCCUACGCUGCUCGUCCAGAUGUCCCCUUCAGGCCAGGUCCGCUGCCAUCGACGAGCGCAGUAGGAGGCUCGGCACAACAUGGACCCAACGCAUACCCACCCGGCUCUUACGGCUACCACCCGCAGAUGCAGCAGCAGCAAAUGCAACAUCACCAGCCACCGCACCACCCAAACUCCUCGCAACAGCACCGCUCUGCCCAUCAGGUGCCGUAUGGCUCAGCUAGCCAUCCACCACCACCACAGGCCGCACAACCUUCACCAGCGACCAGACCAGCUCAUUUGGCGGGACACACACCACAGCAGCGCAAUGCCCAUCUUCCUCCCCACGACCAUGGCAUGCCACACGGCAUGCACGGAGGUGAGGUUGCUCAUGGUGGGCCUCCACCUCUACCAGCUGGUCAUCAUGGUACUUUAGGUUUUGUUAGUGGGCCACCACCCGCAUCCAUGGUCCAACAACCCCACAAGGGCCGGCCGAAUGGACGACACGUGCACUCGGAUGCUCCUUCGCAUGGACCUAUGCAUUAUGGCGGCUCGAUUCAACCAUCUCCCAAUGUCAAUGUAGGAGCCAACGCCCACCUUGGUCCGCAUCCCCCUCACGCUUACCCGUACGCCGGAGGAGGCGUCAAUGGAUCUGCGCAUUACGAUCUGCCACCGCAUCACGCUGUAAACACGAUGCAGGAUCCCAGAGCACCCGGUCACCCGCAUUACGCUCAACCGCACUACAGCUCGGUGGCUCCCCCGAGGCAGAUGAAUGCCUCCACCUCCCCUGCAGCCCCUUCCUCUACCAAGAAGAAGGAUGGCCGAUCGAACAAGCGCAGCAAGACGAACAAUUCGGCCAGCAAGGCUUCGGCGCAAGCGGCUGCUGCUGCUGCUGCGAAGGAGACGACAGACACCAUGCCUUUAGGCCCUGCUCCCGGCAAAGCCGCGCUCGCGGAAGGCACGCUUGCGGGCAAUGUCGGUCUGGUCGACGAGGAUGGGCACGUCUUGUCAGGCCCAGCCGAGAGCAAAAAGGACAAGAAGAGAAGGGAAGUCAUCGAGCGUGUCCACAACGCUCAUUGGCAAGCGCUCGAAGCCAGGGAUGUUAUCUUUGAAGAUCUGUCACGAUCAUUCAUUGCCCAGUCCAAUACAUUGCUGCUGUCACCUCAGCUCUCGCGAGCCUACGUUUUGCCCGCUCACUCGCUUCUCAUAGAGCGAGAUGCGUCGUUACAGCGAGGAGCUCUGCUGCACGCUUAUCAAGUCGAAUCUGCUCGCUCAGCGUAUGAGAGCGAAAGGGCCCGGGCAGAAGACGAAGCUAGGAUAGCGCGAAAGAACGUCCGAGAUCGAUUGUUGGCUGCCACAGAAGAGCGGCGGCGAAGGCUGAGAGAAGAAAAGGAGAGCGGGGACGGUGCAGCUGAUCUCUUUAUGGACGCUGCAGCUCGGCCACAUGCGACGCGCAAGCUGCGAGCCAAGCCGGGCGCUAAUCCGCCAUCGCGGCGGGGAGACGAGGAGAAGAAUGCAGGUGGAGGGGACGUCAAUACGGGCUUGGGCCUGUUGCUGGGCGAAGGCGGGGCGGAGCUCGGACUAGCUGGCGGAGCGUCGGCUCUUGGCGGUCUCGGCUCCCUCUUUGCUGGCUUGCCCGCCAGCAGCGUGAUGGACCAAGCCACGGGCGCAGCCAUAGCUGGCGGAGGUAUGGCGGACAGCUCGUACAUGUCUGGAAUGCGUGCUGCACUCGCUGCCAAGGUCGCAGGCAAAGGAAAGAAGGGCGCCAAAGGUGGGGCAGGAGGCGCCGCGAAUGCUGCUGCAGCUGCAGCCGCGGCUUCGGCAGAUGGAACGACCCAGGAAGACGACGAUGACAGAGAAUCCAGAGCGGCGGCAGCAGCCGCCGCCGUGGCCGCAGCUGCGGUCUCUAACGGUCGACUCAGGUGGGACGCUGGAAAGAGCGUCGCUCAGCUUACUGCCGCCAAGGACUGGGAGGUCGAGAGCGACCUCAUCUCACUACGCAAGACUGCCGGUGGCAAACGUCGUCGCAAAUGAGCGCUAGCUUGCCUCUUCUCGCGGCACAUGACUUCUCCCUGCUUUCAUGCAUACUUUCUUGAUCGGGUAUCGAAUUUCUACACGUGUAUACUUCCACUACGGAUGCGAGUCUGGCAAGCAAUUCACUCUGUAAAAUGUCUCCUGUGCAAGCCAUCGUUUGGGGGAACUUCGCCAAGCUGUCUGGUGUCGCUACCUGGUGCGCCAUGCGACCCACGCGGCAUUACCUUUGCCCAGCAUGUGUCCAAGCAUCUCCUUCU